GGCAAAGGCGUCCGUCCAGCCUGUCGUUGGGGCUGAGCUUGCAUCUGACCGCCACCACAGCCUCAUAACGUGCUUGCGACCGAAGAGGUGCCUAGAUAAAUACAAGACAAGGCCUCCAGCCAGAUUCAAUGCUUGCAAGGCCACUUUGUAUUCUAUACCAACCCAACCAUGGUCUCUGAAGCAGACUCAGAACCCGGCCAACCAACACCGACGUCCACAACUGACGUGGAAGCGCCGCCUCAGCACGUGCUUCCAGAAUGGUUCCUGUCGAAAAAUAUCCAGACACCAGAGCAGCUGAAGGAAGCUAGACCCAAGAUUCGCUGGAUCGAUCAAAAGGGUCAAGAUGGACCGGCAGCAGUACCAAGGAUAGAGACCAUUGCCGAUGCCGGCUCAGAAGCAGCAGCAACGACAGAGACAACAGCAGAGGCUGCAAAGGCUACAGAGGGUGCAUUCGGAGUAUCGCACCAACUGUUCACGUCAGUGCGCGACACGUUGGCUGCAUUGAUGAUGCGCGAUGCUUCUGGCAAGCUGCCCAUGUAUAGUAUGGGAGCCACCAUCCAAUGCAAAGCUGCCGAAUCGGACGACGUCUGUAGAGAAUAUGUCCAGGCACUAGCCAAGGAAUUCAACGCCACCUUGGCUACAGUGUCACUCGAUGAUUUCAGAAGUUUGGCAACAACAUACGGCAACCAUACACCUGUUCCACCUGCUGGUCAUGGUAGCGGCGCAACGAGCUAUCGCAGGCCAACUAAGGAAUCGGGCUACGAGGUCUAUCAUCCUGCCGAUGGACCCAUGCUUCAUCACUUUGGCCAGCGAUGCCAGCGAAAUGUUUCCGAAGAGGAGGCGCAGAUUACCAAACGAGCCUUUGCGCCGAUAUUGGGCCUUGCGGAGGAUAUGCGCGAUGCCGGGGCCGACAUUGCGAAAGACAAGACAACAAAAGAUGAAACUCCCAAUGAUGAGACUCCAAAGGAUGAGGCUGUAACAGAAGAGACUCUAAAGAAGGAUACUUCAAAGGACGAGACACCAAAAGAAGAGACUGCAAAAGAAGAGGCUUCAAAGGACGAAACCGCAACAACCGAAGCCUCAAAAACUGAAUCUUCAAAGGCAUCUCACAUCUUGAUGAUUCACCUUGCUAUGGCUAGGCAGCUGCUUCCAGUAGCGUAUCGCAAAGUCCUUUGUAGACUUCGCGAGGCUGUGUAUCACGCUAGGGCUGAAGGCAAAUCCGUCCUCCUGCUCAUUACAUCCCAAGUGGACGAGAAGUCUAACCAGGAAUACUACCGAAGUAACAAAACCAAAGACUACCGUCUCUUUCAAUUCAAAGGAGGAAUCCCACCAGCGUCCACCUUUAUGCUACGCCCUGUUGAGGUACCCGACCAACUCAAAAAGCCUAUCAAGCCCGAAGAGACUGCCUCCAACCGUUUUGUCCUGGGGCUGAAGGCGAUGCUACAGCAGUAUGCGGGGCAAUAUUUUGAUGAAGAGCUAUUGCUGCCCAGUACGCAGUGGGAUCUCAAAGUGGAUAAUGAACAUAUCAACCUGGACGGCUCGGAUAUUGACCUCAUGGAAGAGGUUGCCGUACAAGUGGCAGGACGGGCUUGGAACAAAGAGAAACUCAACGUGGACGAUGUUGUUGAUGUCUUGCAUCGAAUCUCCCUCUCUAAGAAACUGCGCCAUGACGAGGGCGACGCCAAUAGCAAUUCUGACAAUGACUCGAAUUCAGAUAGCUCCGACUCGGACUCUGACUCCGAUGAUGAGAAAGCUGGAUACGAGAAGGAGAUGCUGGAAUACAUGGUCAAGAUUGAGGAUAUGAAUUCGACAGGACUGGACGAUGUUAUUCUGAAAGACGAAGUCAAAGACACAGUCAAGCAGCUGAUUAUGCUUACCAAGAUGAAGGUCCACGCGAAAUCCUCCGUCCUCCUGUCUCGACUACAGGUCAAAGGCGCGCUAUUCUACGGACCACCCGGAACCGGAAAGACGCAUCUCUGCCGCGCCAUUGCCCAAACGAUGGGCUGCAACAUGCUUGCUCUAGACUCUGCCGCGUUGGAGUUUACUGCAGUAGGCAGAACGGAGAAAUCUAUCCGAGCGGCAUUCACAGUGGCCCGCAAGCAUGCGCCAUGCAUCGUCUUCUUUGACGAGGUCGACGCUCUGUUCUAUCGCCGCGGCGAGUGGGACAGGAAGUGGGAGCGCACAACACUCACCCAGUUUCUCCAAGAGCUGGAUGGGUUAACAUCUAGGGCAAGUGAUGCGCCGUUUGUUCUCGUCGCCACGAACCGGCCCAUGGAUCUUGACCCUGCCUUUCUGCGCCGUCUGCCGCAGAAGAUUCAUUUUGGACUUCCAGACGAACAAGCCCGUGAGAAGAUUCUGGGUGUCUUGUUGCACAAGGACGAUAUCCUCCCUGAUGUAGAUCUUAAGAGACUGGCAGCCCUGACCGAUGGAUAUUCAGGAUCCGACCUGAACAACUUGUGUGGUGAGGCGGCUCUGCUCUGGGCCAUGGAGUAUAAUCUUGCCGGAAAUGAUAAUGCGUCGACAGCAGUGGAGAAUCUCCCAACCGUACAGCUGUCCAAUGCGCAUUUCAUACAUGCCCUUCAGAAGAUUCGUCCGAGUGUGUCCAAGAAGCAGCUGCGCGAGCUGGACGACUUUAGACAUGCAUUUAACCCGGCCAGUAGCGGUAAUGGGGAUUUAGAGACACCAGAUUAG